GAUAAUAGGAGCUGAAACGCGAAUCGGCCAGGAGCAGCAGGAGGCCAUGGCUGGAUGACUGACGUGGAAAGUGUCAGGAGUGAGUAACAAACUUCGGGAGGGAAAAAGUCUUGAGAGAAACAUCCACCGGUUCUGUGUAAGCUCCUGGAGGUUUCACUGGGCACAACAGAAUGAGUCUCGACAAAGCAGAGCUGUGUGAUUCACUGUUAACCUGGUUACAGACAUUUCAGGUGCCGUCAUGCAACAGCAAGUAUGACCUAACAAGUGGAGUGGCCAUUGCACAUGUGCUGCACAGAAUAGACCCCUCUUGGUUUAAUGAGACAUGGCUAGGCAGGAUCAAGGAGGAGAGCGGGGCCAACUGGCGCCUCAAGGUCAGCAACUUGAAAAAGAUUCUUAAGAGCAUGCUGGAAUAUUAUCACGAUGUGCUUGGUCAUCAGGUAUCAGAUGAGCACUUGCCAGAUGUUAACCUCAUAGGAGAGAUGGGAGACAUCACUGAGCUUGGCAAGCUGGUACAGCUUGUACUGGGCUGUGCUGUCAGUUGUGAGAAAAAACAAGAGCAAAUCCAGCAAAUAAUGACACUUGAGGAAUCUGUCCAGCACGUUGUGAUGACAGCCAUUCAGGAGCUUCUAUCAAAAGAACCUUCAUCUGAACCAGGAAGCCCAGAAACCUAUGGGGAUUUUGACUACCAGUCCAGGAAGUAUUAUUUUCUGAGUGAAGAGGCAGAUGAGAAGGAGGACCUGAGCCAGCGCUGUAAAGAUCUGGAGCAUCAGUUGUCAGUGGCACUGGAGGAGAAGUCGUCCCUUCAGGCAGAGACACGUGCUCUGAAGGAGAAGCUGAGCCGCUGCGACUCUCUGGACGCCUCCACCACUGCCAUCACUGGCAAGAAGCUGCUGUUGCUGCAGAGUCAGAUGGAGCAGCUUCAGGAGGAGAACUACAGACUGGAGAACAGCAGAGAUGACAUGCGUGUGCGGGGAGAGAUAUUGGAGCGUGAGGUGGCCGACCUGCAGCAACGUAAUGAAGAGCUGACCAGCCUGGCGCAGGAGGCCCAGGCCCUCAAAGACGAGAUGGACAUUCUCAGGCAUUCGUCUGACCGGGUGAACCAGCUUGAAGCAAUGGUGGAGACGUAUAAGAGGAAGCUGGAAGAUCUGGGAGACCUUCGCAGACAGGUGCGCCUCCUGGAGGAGCGCAACACCGUGUACAUGCAGCGCACCUGCGAGCUGGAGGAGGAGCUCCGCAGGGCCAACGCUGUCCGCAACCAGCUGGACACCUACAAGAGACAGGCUCAUGAGCUUCACACCAAGCACUCGGCAGAGGCCAUGAAAGCUGAGAAGUGGCAGUUUGAGUACAAGAACCUUCACGACAAGUAUGACGCACUGCUCAAAGAGAAAGAACGUCUGAUCUCAGAGAGAGACACACUUCGAGAGACAAAUGAUGAGCUCAGGUGUGCACAAGUCCAACAGAGGUGUCUCAGUGGAGCGGGAGGCUUGUGUGACAGUGGUGUCGCAGUGGGAAAUCUUGCUGCAGAGAUCAUGCCUACUGAGCUCAACCCUCUCUCUCCUCACUCCUUCAACAGGGAGACAGUGGUGCGACUUCAGAGUGAAAACAAGAUGCUGUGUGUCCAGGAGGAGACCUACAGGCAGAAACUGGUGGAGGUGCAGACUGAGCUGGAGGAGGCUCAGCGCAGCAAGAACACCCUGGAAACUCAGAACAGGUUGAAUCAGCAGCAGAUCUCAGACCUGCGUUCUCAGAUCGAGGAGCUCCAGAAAGCGCUCCAGGAGCAGGACAGCAAGACUGAGGAUUCCUCUUUAUUGAAGAAAAAACUUGAGGAGCAUUUAGAGAAGCUCCACGAAGCUCACUCAGAUCUUCAAAAGAAAAGAGAGGUCAUUGAUGACCUAGAGCCCAAAGUGGACAGCAACAUGGCUAAGAAGAUAGAUGAACUCCAGGAGAUCCUGCGCAAGAAGGACGAGGACAUGAAGCAGAUGGAGGAGCGAUACAAACGCUACGUGGAGAAGGCGAGAACGGUGAUCAAAACCCUGGAUCCCAAGCAGCAGCCGUUGACUGUUACUCCUGACAUUCAGGCUCUGAAGAACCAGCUGACGGAGAAGGAGAGAAAAAUCCACCACCUUGAGCAUGACUAUGAGAAGAGCAAAGCCAGACAUGAACAAGAGGAGAAACUCAUCAUUAGUGCGUGGUACAACAUGGGGAUGGCGCUGCAUCAGAAAGUGUCUGGCGAGCGGCUGGGACCCUCUAACCAGGCCAUGUCCUUCCUUGCCCAGCAGCGGCAGUCCACUAAUGCCAGGAGAGGCCUGACACGACACCACCCAAGAUAAAAAAAAAUCAUCCUGGUGGGAGAACAAACACAAAGCAAAGAGAAGAUGAAGUUUGAUCUACAGCAAACUUCAUCUGAACUCCCGAUAACUUUGCCUUUAUGCCCUUUACUGGAUCGCUGCACCUCAGAGGGUAUUUGUCAUGCUGCUGCUGCCCCCUGCUGGCUCUUAACAAUAGGAGAAUUUUUUUAUUUUCUCUGUGGAGCCCCAGAGGAGAAUGAUAACUACUGUGUUUACUCUGCUGUUUAAAUUCAGAGUUAACCCAUAGAAACAAAUGGCUGGAAUGGGAGUUGUAGAUUGUACAAAGAGGCUGUCUCACCUUUUAAGGUGACUUUUAGUUUUUCUUUAGCCUCUUGGACUCACUCCUGUUUCUUCAAGGUCUCUUUUAAGUCUUUUUUUUUAAUAUGUAUCUUUUAUGUUAUACACUAGGAUGGGAUGUGAACUAGUUUUGUUAAGGUUACAGUUUAAAUAUGGCAGAUAAAGGAGGAGUUAGUAGGGGUGAUACAUUUACUAUUGGAAAUGCUAAAGAAGACAUUAAGCUACACAGGUAACGGUUAAUAGACUGAAAACAGAUAAUGACAUUCAGCCGUUAGUACAUCUCUCUGGUUUUGUUCAUUUGUUUUGAAUUUUCUUAUAGCUUUUAUUUUUGUCUUCUAGAUUAUGCGUUUUGUGGUGAGAGUUUUUGUUUUAAUUUGAAGGACCUUGAAAAGAUGAGGGCUGUUUAAUGGCUUUAGUCCUGUUUUACCUUCUAUUCACUUGAAUCUUUUUCUCUUAACGCAAUAUUCUUAAUAAGAAUCUAUUAGAAUUUUCACAAGCUACACCAAAGCACUUUUUGUCUAGAUGGGUGGGUUUGUUCAGUGCCUCACUAAAAACUCCCUCUGCAGAUGAAAUUCAAGUUUGAGACAUUUGCAGUGUCCACCCCGUCUCCCUGUCUCAAUUGUCAGAAAUACAUUAACUUAAAGGAUGCUGCAGGUUCAUUUUAAUGUCUGGUGAUAAUGUGACUUCUGCAUAUGAUUUUCUCAAUAAUGUUCUCAUUUGUUGCCCAUGAUUUCGAUUUUAUUGCCUUUUUUUUUUUUUCUUAUUCCCUUCCCUCUUCCCAAAGAUUGAAGCAGGGUGUUGGUUGUGGGUAGGACCUAAUGCACUCACCACUUUAGACUUAUGUGAACAUAGGCAACUGAAGGCCUCUUAGUUUAUCACAAAGACUGGAAAACACUAAUGUGAUGGAGUUCCUAAUUAUAAUAGCACUAAAAAUAAUGACUCAACUAAUGGCCGUUUACUGGCGCCGACCUCAUUUACAGUUCAACUGAACUGGAAGGAAAUGUAUUCAUCAAUACGCUGGAAUUCUUUUGUUGUCUGUUGACAGGAAGUCGGAGGCAGAUACAAAAGGUUGAGCCGGUAAUAGAUAGCUCAUUGAUCCACACUGCAUCUGCCUUUAGUCACUGCUGGUUAAUCUUCCUUUGCAGCAGAUAUAGUAACUUUAGUAUGUCCCAUAUCAGAGCUGCUGUUUCGUGACUUGUACUCCGUCCCUGUAAAUGUCUGUGCUAUGAUCUACACAGACCAGAAUCCUGUUGUUGUGUGCACAUGUUUUACUACUGAUUUUUCAUUAUUUUGAGUUGAUAUUUAUGGUGUUUAGUUAGUCAUUAUCUUUGCUGCACAUUUGCAUGGCUUGAAGGGUUUAACUUUUGACUUUUUGGUUGUCAGUGUUUGUAUCAUAUAAUGGUCUAGUAGAUUAUAGCAUACUGUACUUCACACAGGGAUCUGAAGCAAGUUAAAGAUUUGUAGUCAUUUAUGUUCUACUUUUGCACUACAAAUAAAUGGGAUCUAAGAACUGG